UAAAAUUAUAAUAAUUUAAAUAGUUAUGAGACUAAACUAGUGUUUUAAGUUAUUAAUAAAGUUGUGGCGUAGUUUUACUAUUUUUGUCACAUAAGUAGACAGAAAAAAAGUCAAUCAACACAACAAACAUUCAAUAAUGCCGAUUCAAAAUCUUUGGCUACCUUUUGGAAUUGCAAUCACAGUUGGUGCUUUAAUCAUCGGAAUGUUUUAUAGAGAGCGAAAUCAUGGAUAUGAAUAUUCUGACUAUACAGGAUCUGAUUUCUUGCCAGAUGCAGGAUAUGACACGAAAUCACAAAAACCUCGAAAGAAGGAUGAAGAGGAUGAACGUUGUAUUAUAUGUUAUGACUCAAUGAAGAGACACCAAAAUAUUAGGACUUUGCCUUGUGCACAUAAAUUUCAUAAAAAGUGCGUGAAUGAAUGGCUUAGAUUAGAAAACUUCUGCCCCAUGUGCAGAACAUCAGUUGUAUGAAAAAAAUGUAGAUGCCUUGACUUUGCAGCAAUUAAUGCAGCUAAUAAU